CCCCUUUCUCAGUAGCAAGGAGAUUGCUGCACACGCCGCCCUCAGCUCUGCUGUUCUGUGCGCACUGAGCGCAGGAGAUGAGCUUAAGAUCUUCUUGGUGGGGAGCCCGGGAAUGGAGAGGCCGGCUCUGCCCCGCUGAUCAGCACGGCCCAACUUUAUGGGUCGCUAGCUAGACUGCAUCUCACUGCCCGCUGUGCAGCCAACAGGGGGGUUUUGAAGAUCAUGAUCACAUGGAUGCAACUAAUUAAAUGGUACGUGGGGACAUGGUGGUCCUUUAGAAAGCACAUCUAAAUUACUGGCUAAUUCCUUGGUUUGCCACUCAACAUAGGACGUUGUUUGAUUCUAUCUAUCAGAACUCUCCUAAAUUUUCCCCACCAUGCUAUCUUUAUUAGCUUGAACUCCUUUCCUAAAAUGGUCCUUCUGUUGAUCCUGUCAGUUCUGCUUUUGAAAGAAGAUGUCCGUGGGAGUGCACAAUCCAGUGAGAGGAGAGUGGUGGCUCACAUGCCGGGUGACAUCAUUAUUGGAGCUCUCUUUUCUGUCCACCACCAGCCCACGGUGGACAAAGUUCAUGAGAGGAAGUGUGGGGCGGUUCGUGAACAGUAUGGCAUUCAGAGAGUGGAGGCCAUGCUGCAUACUCUGGAAAGGAUCAACUCAGACCCCUCACUCUUGCCGAACAUCACACUGGGCUGCGAGAUAAGGGAUUCCUGCUGGCAUUCGGCUGUGGCCCUAGAGCAGAGCAUUGAGUUCAUAAGGGACUCUCUCAUUUCUUCAGAAGAAGAAGAAGGUUUGGUGCGCUGCAUGGAUGGGUCUUCCUCUUCCUUCCGCUCCAAAAAGCCCAUCGUAGGGGUCAUUGGGCCUGGCUCCAGUUCUGUGGCCAUUCAGGUCCAGAACUUGCUCCAGCUUUUCAACAUACCUCAGAUUGCUUACUCGGCAACAAGCAUGGAUCUGAGUGACAAGACUCUGUUCAAGUACUUCAUGAGGGUUGUGCCUUCAGAUGCUCAGCAGGCACGGGCCAUGGUGGACAUAGUGAAGAGGUACAACUGGACCUAUGUGUCAGCUGUGCACACAGAAGGCAACUAUGGAGAGAGUGGGAUGGAAGCUUUCAAAGAUAUGUCAGCCAAAGAAGGAAUUUGCAUCGCUCACUCUUACAAAAUCUAUAGCAACGCAGGGGAACAGAGCUUCGAUAAGCUACUGAAGAAGCUCAGGAGUCACUUGCCCAAGGCCCGGGUAGUGGCCUGCUUCUGUGAGGGCAUGACGGUGAGAGGUCUGCUGAUGGCCAUGAGGCGCCUGGGUCUAGCAGGUGAAUUUCUGCUUCUGGGCAGUGAUGGCUGGGCGGACAGGUAUGAUGUGACAGAUGGAUAUCAGCGAGAAGCUGUUGGUGGAAUCACAAUCAAGCUCCAAUCUCCUGAUGUCAAGUGGUUUGAUGAUUAUUAUCUGAAGCUCCGGCCAGAAACAAACCUUCGAAACCCUUGGUUUCAAGAAUUUUGGCAGCAUCGUUUUCAGUGCCGGCUGGAAGGGUUUGCACAGGAGAACAGCAAAUACAACAAAACUUGCAACAGUUCUCUGACUCUGAGAACACAUCAUGUUCAAGAUUCCAAAAUGGGAUUUGUGAUCAAUGCGAUCUAUUCCAUGGCCUAUGGACUCCACAACAUGCAGAUGUCCCUCUGUCCAGGCUAUGCAGGCCUUUGUGAUGCAAUGAAGCCAAUCGACGGACGGAAACUUUUAGAUUCCCUGAUGAAAACCAAUUUUACUGGAGUUUCUGGAGAUAUGAUCUUAUUUGAUGAGAAUGGAGACUCUCCAGGAAGGUAUGAAAUAAUGAAUUUCAAGGAAAUGGGAAAAGAUUAUUUUGAUUAUAUCAAUGUUGGAAGCUGGGACAAUGGAGAAUUAAAAAUGGAUGAUGAUGAAGUAUGGUCCAAGAAAAACAACAUCAUCAGAUCCGUGUGCAGUGAACCAUGUGAGAAAGGCCAGAUAAAGGUGAUCCGGAAGGGAGAAGUCAGCUGUUGUUGGACCUGUACACCCUGUAAAGAGAAUGAGUACGUCUUUGAUGAGUACACCUGCAAGGCGUGCCAGCUGGGGUCGUGGCCCACUGAUGACCUGACAGGUUGUGACUUGAUCCCAGUACAGUAUCUCCGCUGGGGUGACCCUGAGCCCAUUGCAGCUGUGGUGUUUGCUUGCCUCGGCCUGCUAGCCACCCUGUUUGUCACUGCAGUCUUCAUCAUUUACCGUGAUACACCAGUAGUCAAGUCCUCCAGCAGGGAACUCUGCUAUAUCAUCCUUGCUGGCAUCUGCCUGGGUUACUUAUGUACCUUCUGCCUCAUUGCAAAGCCCAAACAGAUUUAUUGCUACCUUCAGAGAAUUGGUAUUGGUCUUUCCCCAGCCAUGAGCUACUCAGCCCUUGUGACCAAGACCAAUCGUAUUGCAAGGAUCCUGGCUGGCAGCAAGAAGAAGAUCUGUACCAAAAAGCCCAGGUUCAUGAGUGCCUGUGCCCAGCUGGUGAUUGCUUUCAUUCUUAUAUGCAUUCAGUUGGGCAUCAUCGUUGCCCUCUUUAUAAUGGAGCCUCCUGAUAUAAUGCACGACUACCCAAGCAUUCGAGAGGUCUACCUGAUCUGUAAUACCACCAACCUAGGUGUUGUCACUCCUCUUGGAUACAAUGGUUUGCUGAUUUUGAGCUGUACCUUCUAUGCGUUCAAGACCAGGAAUGUUCCAGCUAACUUCAACGAGGCCAAGUAUAUCGCCUUCACAAUGUACACCACCUGCAUUAUAUGGCUGGCCUUUGUGCCAAUCUACUUUGGCAGCAACUACAAAAUCAUCACCAUGUGUUUCUCAGUCAGUCUCAGUGCCACAGUGGCACUGGGCUGCAUGUUUGUACCGAAGGUGUACAUCAUCCUGGCCAAACCAGAGAGAAAUGUGCGCAGCGCCUUCACCACAUCUACCGUGGUGCGCAUGCAUGUGGGGGAUGGCAAGUCAUCCUCAGCAGCCAGCAGAUCCAGCAGCCUGGUCAACCUGUGGAAGAGGAGGGGCUCCUCUGGGGAAACCCUAAGGUACAAAGACAGGAGACUGGCCCAGCACAAGUCGGAAAUAGAGUGUUUCACCCCCAAAGGGAGUGUGGGGAAUGGUGGGAGAGCAACAAUGAGCAGCUCCAACGGAAAAUCCGUCACGUGGGCCCAGAACGAGAAGAGCAGCCGGGGGCAGCACCUGUGGCAGCGGCUGUCCAUCCACAUUAACAAGAAGGAGAACCCCAACCAAACGGCCGUCAUCAAGCCCUUCCCCAAAAGCACAGAGAGCCGCGGCCUGGGCGCGGGCGGCGUGGGCGGCGGCGCGGGGGCCGCGGGCGGCGCGGGCGGGAGCAUAUGUUGGAUGGUUCCUUCAAUUCCAACAGCCUUGGAUGAAGCAAUAUGUGACACUGUAGCAUUAGGAGAUGUUAAGUAG